AUGGGCGGCUCCGUGGACGCCCAAGUCAACGGGUCUGAUGUGCUCGCUGCUCUGAAAUUGGCGCAGCAGGCCCCCGCCAUCCUCGGUCAUGGCUCCGCACAGAGUGCCAACGCACCGACCAAAGUCUCGCGGGAUACAGCGGAGGAGUAUAGCCGACUGGAGCAACUCUUCCUGGCCUGCCUACAAACUGGGGAUGACAAAGCUGCACAGGAAUGUCUGAAUCGCCUCAGUCACCGGUUCGGGCCGGCAAAUGAGAGAGUGAUGGGCCUUCGUGGUUUGUAUCAAGAAGCGACCGCCACGGACCAGGCUGCUUUGGAGAAGUGUCUGUCGGAAUACGAGAAGAUUCUGUCAGAAAACCCGGUCAAUGUGCCUGUCAUGAAACGCCGAAUCGCUCUGCUCCGGUCCCUAGAGCGGCCCGCUGAGGCCACCGCUGCUCUCAUUCAGCUCCUCGAUGCUGUGCCUACCGAUGCCGAGUCGUGGGUGGAGUUGGCCGAUCUGUAUCAAUCUCAAGGCUUAGGGUCACAGGCCAUCUUCAGUUUGGAGGAAGCUCUGUUGAUCGCUCCAAAUUCUUGGAAUAUCCAUGCACGACUAGGUGAACUGCUCUACGUCUUUUCUUCGUCCUCUGAGAGUGACGCAGGCAGACUUGCUGGCAAGUCAGUUCAACAUUUCUGUCGUAGUAUUGAACUUUGCGAUGAUUAUCUACGAGGCUUCUACGGAUUGGCCAUGGCCACCACUCGUGUGCUCGAAAACAAAUACGCGCCCGAAAACUCGGCCGAUCCCGCUGUCCCUUCCCAGCACACAAUCAGACAACUCAGGGAGGUUGCUCUGCGGCGACUGGAGCAUCUGGUUCAAACCCGGUCUGUGGACGAUCAGCACUGGGCAUCGAGUCGGGGAGAACUCAUUGCCGCUAAAGAGCUGCUCAACCGCUACUCCGCAGCCAAAUGA